AUGAAUUGUUUUAAUAUUUCUAUUGGAGGAUAUAACUCAGUGGUGCGUCACUCAACUUCAAAAAAACACCAAACAAAGUUGAAAGCAUGCAAAAUAAGUAAUGUAGUUAAUAAAUAUUUUGUUGUUAAAAAUUCGUAUGAGGAGGAACUUAUUGUAGCUGCUGAAAUUGCCAAAGUUUACCAUACUAUUAAACAUUAUCAGUCAUACAACUCUUUAAAUUGUAGCUUAAAAUUAGAUAAGUUUAUUUUUGAAGACUCAAAACUUGCGGUUAAAAUAAGUUGUGGUAGAACAAAAUGUGAAGCUAUAUCACAGAAUGUUUUAUCUCCCAGGUCGUUAUUCCAUUUGUAUCAACAACUUAAAAAUCACAUUAUUUUAUUCUAUACAAACUGA